CCACUAAGAAAUGGAUCAUGUGAGGGUAUAUAAAUUUCAUAAUGAACAGUAUUGGAGGCCAGUUUAUUUUAAUUCUGAGCUGUUUCCCUUUCUGUGGAUUCUUCAUCUGUGUUUGAUGAAUAGUGAGUUUCACUGCAGGAUCAGGACACUGCAGUAACUAGGGCAUUCAUAAAGAGAUUAUGCCUGUGCUGAUGGGAACAAAACCCAUUUCAAAAAACACAGACUUACAAACUCUCUCACAUCACUUCCGAGAAAAACACACACUUAUUAACCCCUAAACACCCAUGCAGGUUUAUGUUUAAGAGUCUGUAAGCUCAUCCUCUCUGCAGUCUCCACAGGAGGAGUGUAACUGUAGCUCCCAGAGGUCUUGCAAGAAACAAGAGCAGGAGGGUGGAGCUGAACCUCUUUAAUGAGACAGCUCUAUUUUUCUGCAACCAGCAGGCUGCCCAGCUGGUGUUAGUGGGUCACAGUUUUUUCUCACACACGCACUCUGUACAGAGAGGGAACUCAUAUGCACAGGAAGCCUGUAAGCACAUGACGACGCCUGCCACCAGUCACAGCUGAGUAUAUGUAUGUUCUGCUUGUGAACUCAUGCAGCGAACGGGCUCAUUUCUCAACUUGGAGGGUUAUUUCUGAGUGACAGUUGUCUAUCGGUGAACUGGCAGGACAGGAUGUCUCGACGGGACCAGAGGUUUCGGAGAGGAAUGAAAGGACGAUGUUGUGAAUGUGGCUGUAUCCUGUCUCACUGGUACUAUGAAAGAGAGGGGCAGCUAUACUGUAAGAAGCACUACUGGGCCCGUUAUGGAGAGCACUGCCACGGCUGCAAGGAGACCAUCACAACAGGACUUGUUAUGGUUGCUGGAGAGCAGAAGUACCAUCCAGAAUGCUUCACUUGUAUGAGCUGUGAAAUGGUCAUUGGAGAUGGAGACACUUACACGCUUGUUGAACGUUCCAAACUCUAUUGUGGCCACUGUUUCCGUCUGGGUGUAGUAUCAGCUGUGACGUCUGCUUCUCCACUCACCACGAGUCCCCACAUGGUGGCGCUGGUGUCCCUCCCUCCCAAUGCAGGCUGUCGACAAGGCCUGACUGUAGCCGCUGACCUCAGCCAAGAUAAAAGCCCUGUUGUCACUGUGACAGUGUUAGACUCAUCUGUCCUCAGCCCUGACUUGCUGUCCUCUGUCCACACUGGUGACCAAGUACUGGAGAUCAACGGCAACCCUGUCUACAACAUCUCCCCCGAUGAGAUAAACCGUGUGAUCCAGGACAAAAGCAGACCUCUGCAGCUGACUAUCGAACACAACCCACAGUCUCCUGAUGACCUCCUUCACUCAAAUGACCCCCAGGACAACAUCAGCUGUCCUGACCCGUGCGUCUGCGACAAACUCGCUUCAACUCGUAAACUCUCAAGUCUGGAGGAGGAGCCAAGUCCAGCGGAGGAGACAGAAGAACAAAUCAGGAUGAACCCCUCACCACCUCAGCACCAAGGGAUCCUGGGAAUGCGAUCCAGACACAUCCUGCGCAGCUGUAGUAUAGAUAAAUGUCCUCUGUCCCCUGGAGCACUAUCGCUCUUAUCUCAAAGGAGAGACAUGGUUCGCUCAGAGUCUCUUCGAGUAGACCCUGGAGAUCGGAUCCAUCGCAUUUUCAGACCUUCAGACCUCAUCCAUGGAGAAGUGCUUGGCAAGGGCUGCUUUGGACAGGCUGUUAAGGUAACACAUAAAGAAACAGGGGAGGUGAUGGUGAUGAAAGAGUUGAUAAGCUUUGACGAAGAGACACAAAAGACUUUCCUAAAGGAGGUGAAGGUGAUGCGCUGUCUGGACCAUCCAAAUGUUCUCAAGUUCAUUGGACUGUUUUAUAAAGACAAACGUAUAAACUUCGUCUCUGAAUACAUCCGAGGAGGAACUCUCCGAGAGACCAUCAUAAAGAUGGACAAGGAUUUUCCCUGGAGUAUAAGAGUGGGUUAUGCUAAAGACAUUGCAGCUGGAAUGGCCUAUCUACACUCCAUGAAUGUCAUCCACCGAGAUCUAAACUCACAUAACUGCCUGGUCAGAGAGAACCAGUCCGUGGUGGUGGCAGAUUUCGGACUAGCCAGGCUGGUGAUGGAGGAGAGGAAUCUGAGCAGAACGUCUUCCAUGGAACGGCCUGCCAAGGGGACACUGUCAGAGCUCCGCAAGGCUGACCGGAGGAAGCGGUAUACUGUAGUAGGAAAUCCCUACUGGAUGGCCCCUGAGAUGAUCCAUGGAAAAACAUACGACGAAAGAGUGGACAUUUUUUCCUUUGGUAUUAUGAUAUGUGAGAUAAUAGGUAGAGUGAGCGCCGAUCCCGACUACCUUCCUCGCUCGAAUGACUUUGGGCUAAACGUAGCUGGUUUCCUGGAGCGGUACCACCCUCCACAGUGCCCUUUGGCCUUCCUGCCGCUGGCUGUCCUCUGCUGUGACAUGGAUGCUGAUAAACGUCCUUCCUUUUCCAAGCUGGUGGAGUGGCUGGAGAACCUGUUCAUGCACCUGAACAUUGGCCUGCCUCUGCUCUCUGAGUCAGAGCAGCUCUGCAGAGCCUUCUGGAACAGUCAUGAUCAACAGAACCACGCUCACCAUCAGGACAAGACCAUUAUUUCACAUGAACAGACCCAAUGUUCAUCGCCACAAAGACAGAGCCCAAGCCACAAGCAGUGUUCAGACAAUGCAAAUAACCACACAAAGCUUAAUCACCACUCUCAGAGUUAAGACCAAAGUAGUGCACCUGACCUCCAUUCGGAUGGACAGCAACACACAUAUGACGACUAUGACAUGAGGACUGAGUACGAACACUCUUGUCUGAACAGAGAAUGUAAGAAACACUUACAAGACAAGAGCCAGCUGUGCAGAUCUGUGAGCACAGAUUCAGGCGCUGAAACCUACGAACACAGUAACCCCUCAGGACAAAAGCCCUCACAACCACUGCAGGUCAAAAACAUGGUGCUAGGCCAGUCUAACGGGCCCAGAGAGACAAGCACAGUGCUGUGGGACAGCUCUACAGAGGACAGCUCUUUUCUCUGACUGCUUAAUCUGGCUACCAAGACAGGACACAACUACAAAGCCCAGUUUUAAGGAAUAAAUUGAAGACAACAGUGCCUUUUCAGUCAGUUUCAUCUAGAGCCAAGCCAACACUGGAUGUAUACGUAUUUGAUACCCUUAUUGACAUUUGAAAGUUCAUUAAUAAAUACAAUAUCAGUGAUUUGGUUAAUAUUUAUGCUUAGACAUAAACACAUAACAGAAACAAACAUUUCUGAUGAGAAGUCUUUAAAUUCCACAAAAUCUGUCAGCCCCCUCUGACAAGUCCCAACACUGUUUCCAAAUUACCUCAGACAUAUCUUCUGCAUUUCACUAUUACAGUUCCUACAUUUUGAUGGUAUUAUUUGUGAUAAGCUAAAAUAUGAUGACCAAUUUACAGGUUGGGCUCUAUUAUCCACUUUGCUCAGAAGCUGUGAAACACGUGGCACUUUGUAGUUUAAGAUACAUUGCUGGGUCUUUUAUUUAUUAGAAUAUCUUAUGUAUUUUUUGUUAAAAACAUUCAGACCACAUGCAACACACGGAGCUGUGAAC